CCUGGCGGCGGGUUCCGCCCUCGCGCUGGGGAGGAGUCCCGGAGCAGAGCUGGAGCCGAAGCACCUUUCACACCCUCCUCGCCCUCCCCACCGACAUCAUGCUCCAGUUCCUGCUUGGAUUUACUCUGGGCAACGUGGUUGGAAUGUAUCUGGCUCAGAACUAUGAUAUGCCAAACCUGGCUAAAAAACUUGAAGAGAUUAAAAAGGACCUGGAAGCCAAGAAGAAGCCCCCUAGUUCCUGAUGCCUGCCUACUACUGCAUUCUGGACCCACCAACUCCGUCCUGGGGGCCCUGCCUCCUUCAUAGCCACGUCCAAAGCUGUGUUCCUCUUUGGUCUCAGACCCUGUGUGUUGCCUCAGAUCCAACUUGGGCCAGAAGUCCAGUCAGCUCUACGUUUCCAGCAUCUCCCCUUCGCCUGUAUCUUCUGUUCAGCUGCUUCUGGGUCCUAAGACUGGAACUACGGUGCUAAGUUAGCAACCACAACCGUAACUAGUGCUCACCUAUGCCUUGGGAGUCCUACCACCUGUUGUCCAGAAAUGAAUGGAUUUGGAUAGCGGCUGUGGAUGUACUGUCUAAGCAGUGAUAACAGCAGCUUGCUAGACAAACUAAAUUUUGUUAAAGUAAUUAAAAUUAGUAUCUUCGAGUAA